AUUUGGGGCACUCUGGGCAAACUAGGUGUUAAAAAGUUACCAAAAAACAUCCUAAAUAGAAGACCUGACCCUUAAAGUUAGAUAGUUAUGCAAAUUCUACUUAAAUAAUGUCAAAAUUAGCUCCAAAUUAACCUAAAUGUGUGCCUAAAUUGCUUUCACACAGCUCCGCCGGUAGAUGUCGGUAGCCAUUUUUAACCGUCGCCAUCUUUGCCCCGCCUUGUCAUGAUCACGUGACUUCUGUAAACAAGGAAGUGCUCUGUAUCUUUGAAUAUAGCGCGCCAGUAGCUGCUGUUGCUAACCCACAAGUUACAGGUGAGUGGUAUUUUAUACUUAAUGUGUGAUUUUAUUCUCUGUUUCUGUGUCAAAUCGCUCGAUAUUUACCCCUAACUGCUUAAACGUUAAAAAACUCGAAUGUUUAUUCUUUACAAAUACUAGAAGAGGGUCUGCUAACGUUAGCUUUGUUAGCAGUAGUGCCUUUAAUCCGGGUUUUUUUCGGUGUUGUUUCUAUCCCUCUUGGUUCAGAGGGAUGCCAUCCUCGGAGCCGGUCCGGUUGGGUCGGAAACGCGCCCUGCCCGUCUGUCCGAACCCUCUGUUCCUGAAGUGGCUGACCGAGCUCCGGGACGAGGCUAAAGAGAAGGGACUGAAGAUCCAACACACCUACCAGAAGGUAAAGAAGCCAGAAGAAGUGAUUAAAUAAAGAUUUUUAUUAGUGUCUAGUAGGUUAAUAAUCUUAGAUAUUUCUAUACCUAGACAUCCCUGAAUAAAUAAAAGUGAUAUUUUUAAUCUGUUGUGUAUGUUUCAGCAUCAUUUAGAGUCAAAGUGGAGCCAAAAAUGAAAUUAAAUAGAUGAGAAUGUGGAGGAACAACCCUAAACCAUUUUCAUUUUUCCACUUUAAGUUUUAUUUUUGUCUUUUUCAGGCCAUCAGCUCUCUCAAUAAAUAUCCACUACCUCUUCAAAACGCCAAAGAAGCGAAGAUCCUCCAGAACUUUGGAGACGGCAUCUGUAAGAUCCUGGACGAGAAGCUGCAGAAACACUACAGAGAGAACGGUGAGGACGUUUAGACUCUAAACUCUUCAUACUCAGAGCUUUAUCCUCAGAUCUAACAUCUCUCUAACUCUCUCUCCAGGUCCAAACGCUCCUAUCCACUCUCUCCCUGAAGGAGCGCCCCCUCCUGGCAGACUCGACAACAACAACCUGGCUCCUUCCAGAAAGGUAAACAGACUCUAGCCUCCCCUGGUGCUCCAUCUAGGCAUCAUCUUAGAGGCUGUGCUCUCUAACUUGUUACGUUUUUUUUCUGUGUGUUUCAUGUAGAAAAAUGCAGCAGGAGAUCAAGCCAAGGACAAAGGAGGGGGAGGAGGAGGAGGGAGGAAGAAGAAGAGGGAGUACGUCCCUCAGAAGAGGUCUGGAGGUUACGCUGUGCUGCUGACCCUCUACAGACAGUCUCAGGUUAGACUUUCUCCUUCAUACUUGGUUAAAAUUUCACAUUAUGGCCUCAGUGAUCGACCGUGAACGUCCCCCUCUCUUCUCUCUUUAGAUCCCGGGCAGUAAAGGUUUCAUGUUCAAGAUGGAGCUUCAAGCAGAAGCUCAACUCCUCUGUGAUAAGUCCUUCACUGCUGUAAGUCCUUCUCUCGAGAUCUCGCUCUUCUCCCUGUUUUAUUCACGUCUUGAACUUUGUUUCUGUCUUUUCACAGCCUGAUCUGGGCAGUAAGUACACCGCCUGGUCUUCAGUCACCACUCUGAUCCAGAAGAACCUGCUGCUGAAGACCCACAACCCUGCGAGGUACAAGGAGCUCCAAACCCAAAUCAAGUAGACUCUCAAAAGUUCGCUUCACUCUCCUCUUCCUCUUCUUCUUCCUCAGGUAUUCUCUGACAGACGAGGGUCUGGCUUUAGCCGAGCGACUUGAAUCAGCAGAGCUUGAGAAUAAAGGAGACGAGGUCAGGAGUGAAGGAGCCAAGGAGGAAGAGAAGGAGGAGGAGGAGGAGGAGGAGGAGGAGAACGGUCCUGGAGUUGUGGAUCUUACAGCCAGUGAUGACGAGGAGGAAGAGGAGGAGAAGGAAGGAGAGAGAGCGAGGUGAGUGAACUCCAAACAGUAACUUUGUCUAAUUUCUUUAGCAAAGAGACUAAACACAACUCACCUACUCUCUUCCAGCAGCCGCUUGUUUGUAGCGAGACCUCCAGCCAGUCCAUUACGGACUACAGCGGGGUGUCGCAGCUCAAGGAAGAACAUUUAUGAUCAUUUCUUUAUCAUUUCCUUGAAGUAAUAAUCAUCAUAUUUGUAGGAGCCAUAACGUUGCUUUGCUUAUCGGUUAUCCUGUGUUCGGUUACUUUUGUCUGGUUUCGCUGGGUUUUGGUCACGUGGGCGCUGUGUUUGAAAGUCGUUAAGUUAUAUAAGGGGCGGUCUCACCUUCACUGGGGUGGAGAGGUGAGUUUAGGUAGCCGUAAUUUUUGUUGACCGCGCUUUAUGUUCUUUGUUUUGCAAUGAUACACGUCACAAAGUGUACACGUAUUAUAUCGGAUGUGCGCGUGUAAAUUAUUGGCGAUUUUUCCUGAUAUUAAAGCUCCGAACACUUCAGUGAAAUGUGGGCGCUUCUUUGGAAUCAUUUUGCACUGUUGACGCAGUAGUUCUUCUGUGUUAGCGUCUCGAGACCUUAGGCCAGUCUGUUUCGGACUGCAGCGGGGUGACGCAGCUCAAGGAAGAACAUUUAUGAUCAUUUCUUUAUCAUUUCCUUUAAGUAAUAUCACCAUAUUAAUCAUUUUGCUCUUCCGACGCUGUAGUUCUUCUGCCUUAGUGUCUCGGUCUGAUUGUAUUUCUAUGAAGAAAUAAUCGUAAAUGUUCUUCCUUGAGCUGCGAAAUCCCGCUGCAGUCCGUAACGGACUUGCCUAAGGUCUCGCUACAAAAUAUGACCCUAAAUUAAUUUUACGCCGGAAUAUCCCUUUAAUGAUAAUCUGGUUCUUCACAGUCCUGUAGAGAGUCCGCUGACUGAGACUGAAGGGACGAGUCUGUCUGGAAAACCUCAGAGUUCAGCGAGCGGAAGAACGCCGACUGGAGGAAGUCGUCUUCUUCCUGGAACAUACGAGAUAAUCCUCUGCGUCGACUUCAUCGAGACGACAGGGUAAAAAAAAAAACGAACAUCCACACACUCGAGUUAUCCAAAUUUAAGAUUGUUUAUUUUUGUUGAGUUUAACGUCUGUUUUAUUCACGCAGCGGCAGCCACCACAGGAAACAGGAGCUGGUCAAAGAGCUGCAGAGGAACGGCGUCAGCUUCGACGUGAGGAAGCUGAACGUCGGCGACUUCCUGUGGGUUGCUCGGGAAAAGGUCGCACCAGUUCCAGGUAACAAACAUUAGAUUAUAGUUCAAACUCUUUUAACGUCUGAGUUUGGAGGCAGAUAACCGAACAUCUCCGAAUAACUUCAACAAUUUAUCGUUCAUUUUGAAAAUCCGGUGACGUUUAAAUGAAACACGGCGAGACAACGAAGAAGAGAGCGAACUCUCUUGGACCGACUUUUGAUUAAAAAGGAGAGUUAAAGUUUGAGCAAACGAAGUCUCGCUCUCUGUUUCCAGGUCAGCUUCGAGCUCCUGCAGGUCGGGAACUGGUGCUCGAUUACAUCAUCGAGAGGAAGAGGAUGGACGACCUGUGCGGGAGCAUCAUCGACGGACGCUUCAGGGAGCAGAAGGUGAGAGCGAAAGGACGACUGUUUCUCUAAAACGUCAUUAUUGACAGUCGACUUAAUCGAAGCCUCUUUUUUCUCAGUUUCGUCUGAAGAGGUGUGGUCUCCGGCGGCCCGUCUAUCUGGUCGAGGAGUGCGGGAAGGCGGCGUCUCACCUGAGUCUACCUGAAGCGACACUGCAGCAGGCCAUCGUCAACACACAGGUGGGCGACACGUGUCAGUCUGGUUCGGUCCAGAUCAAGAUUUAGAUGAAGAAGUUAUUUAAGGAUCAUGAAUAAAUUUUUGUGUUUAAAUUUCGAGAGUUCGGAAUUUUCCGAUCUUAGUCGACUUUCAUGUGUCUCAGGUGGUUGAUGGCUUCUUCGUGAAGAGAGUUCAGGAUGUGAGAGAGUCGGCCGCCUACCUCACCGUCAUGACGCGAUACCUGACCAAACUCUACCAGGUGAAAAAAAAAACUCGCUUCUUCACGAACUUUUAAAACUCUUUAACUUUUUUCCGAUCAGCCGUGAUCGUCUUCUGACUCUGUCGUUUCAGAACCGAACCCUGAUCUGUCGCUCCAGAGAGCUGGAGGGCGAUCGUGGGAUUGAGGAGGAGGAGGGCGGAGGAAACCCGUCCUGCUCUUUGAUUUCUUUCGCCGAGUUUAACCACGGCGCCGUCAAAAACAAGGUGAGUCCUCUUUGUUGAUGAUUUCAUCAGUCUGUAAAAAAGAAAAUUCGUAAAAAGGGUUCGAACCCUAACCGGAAUACGUGGAAAUACUCCCGAUCACUUUUUUAAGGAUCCGUAAAAAUUCCAAAGUGUCGUGAAAACACGUUUAGAAACAAAUCUGGUAAAGCUAGGGUGAUAUCGUUUUUGUUUUGUGGAUUUGUUUGAUCACUCUUCUGCGUUAAAGCGUGUUUUUAAAAACCAAAACUUUUUCAGAGAGAUGUUAAAGAAGAGAAAAUAAAAAUUUGUUUCAAGAUAAAAAUACCGAGUCGUCGCGUAUCGAGAGACCUACAAGAGAAGCUCACAAAUUUAACUUUUUGAGGUCUUUAAAGGGUCUUCAAAAGUCCGAAGUGUCUCCGAUAAAGAAGUUUAACACAUGCUCAUGAAAACGUGCGUAAAUACAAAUCUGGUCAAGUUAGAGUGACAUCAUUUUGGUUUUGUGGAUUUGUUUGAUCACGUUGCAACAGUAAAAUGUGCUUUUAAAAAAAGUUUGAGAAGAGAAAAGAAAUUCAGUUUCAAGAUAAAAAUACUGAGAAUUGUCGCGACUUGUGAAACCUGCGAGAGAAGCUUCCGAAUUUAACUUUUUGGGGUCUUAAAAAGUCUUGGAUUUGGCUUUAAAAACUCUGUGUUUAAAGAAAAUGUAAAGUUUUAACCGUUAUCUAAAAAAAUCAGUUUCUGCCGAGUUCACACUCCUCUGUUUCUCUCUCCAGUGUCAGACGGUGAAGGAGGUUUUCGCCCGUCAGCUGAUGCAGAUCAGCGGUUUGUCUGGAGACAAAGCCGCAGCGAUCCUGGAGCACCACAGCACACCUCACAGGUGAAUCCAACAACUGUUUCUGAUUGUCUCAUGUCGUUUGCUGCGACACAAACAUUCCUCCUGGUACAAAUAAAAUUAUAAAUCUUUAAAAAUAAACUCUUUUCUCUUCUUCUCUCAUUUUCAGUCUCCUGGCAGCUUAUGACCGAUGUCGAAGUGAAGCAGAGAAGGAGAAACUCCUCUCCUCUAUCAGAUACGGGAAACUCAACAGGUUCGAUCCACGAAUUUGUACUUUUAUUUAUUUAAUGUUUCACUUUUCUAACCUCUAAAAUCUAAAAGUGGAGCUGAGAAAGCGUCCAGGUUUUUCCUGCAGGUGUUAACUCUUUCUUGUCGUGGUUUGUUGUGCAGGAAUCUGGGUCCAGCUCUCAGCAGGACGGUCUAUCAGCUCUACUGUACUGGAGGAGCGCUCUCCUGAACACUAACUACCUCCUCUCAUGACGUUUCAACCUUCACAGUCAUUAACUUUCACUUCCUGUUCCACUUGAAUCCCCUUCUGGGUUGUUUAAUUUCAUGGUUUUGAAGACAAGAAGCUGCUGCUAUAUUUUGAUCAUGAUGUAAAUAUUGAUUCUCAAUAAAGUGUUUUUUUUGUACAGGAUGAUUUCAGCCGCUCAGAGUCUCUUUUAUCUGACACUGAACAAAAAUAUAAAUGCAACACUUUUGUUUUUGAGAGAACGCCGUCAAAUGUGAGCGUUUGGAGACGGUUUAUGGAAGAGAAAUGAACAUUUAAUUCACGGGAAACAGCUUUAAGCAAACUUGCGCCUUUUAUAGUGUCCACAAUAAGUCACACCUGUGCAGUCAUCAUGCCGUCUAAUCAGCGUCUUGAUUCGCCACACCUGUGAGGUGAAGCAUUCUGAGAUCUUUGAGUUCAGCUCAGGAGAAAAAGUGUUGGGUUUAUAUUUUUGUUCGGUGUUUUUGUGGUUUUUAAAAAAGGACGUGUUUCUAGAGAAGUGAAGCAGACUUGGGGCAAUGUUGAAUGAUGGUGAAUUCAUGAAACGCUACAAACUUCAGGAAUCAUCAUGUUUGUGGUCGAGCUCUUUUGAGACGCUCUUACUUCUCCAACCCAACCCAACCCCA